AUAUAUAAAGGGUUCAUGUACCUUACACGAUGAAGCACAUGCAAGUUUUGUUUUCAUUUGAUAGUUACGUGCAGUAAGGGUAUCUCCCUUUUAAAGAUAUGAAAAUUACUUUGUGAUAUGGCAAUCAAACAAACCUAGUGCCUUCAGCUACUUGGGUUUAGUAUGUAUCUAUUUAUUUUCUUUUCUGAUAUUAGUUAGCUAGUGAGUUGAGUUACACAUAUAUGACACGCUUAAUAUUUCGGUCAGCGGAACCAAUGAAGAAAAACAGGUCACUGCCUGCAGGAAUGUCCUCAGGUAUAUUGGACAUUGAAAAUAGCAAAAAGAGUUUGAUACAGAAUCAGAUUCUUGUAGAAUGAGGUUCUCUUCUUCCCCACACAGGAAAAGAAAUAACUUUUAUGGAGUUGACUCUGAGAAAUGUUUGUUUAUUCAUUUUUAUCCAGAAAACAACAAGAGUUAGAGCCUCGUUGGGUGCAUUCUGACUCACACUCCUAUAUUUUAAACAUGGAUCUGAAUUCUGAAGGUCUGCUCGAUAGAGCAAGAUUCCUAGACUUCUGAUGGAGCGAACAGCGACUAUAUGUUCACCUUCCCUUUUAUCUCUAACUCUGCUAUGUAGUGAAUGAUCAGCUUUGGCACAUGCAAAUUUCCAAAAUUUCUUAUAGUGAAUGAUCUUUGGUAAAAAAUCUCAUGUUGAUACCAUAGUCACUCUGCUCUUAAAUAAGAUAGCAGAAGCAUAUGUUUGUGGAUGUUCUAUUUUAGUCAUAAAGCUCUUAGAGCAUCUGUCUAAAGUGCGUUUGACUUUCAUGAGACCUAUGCCCUGUUUAAUAAUAUUUGCAAGGAUAAUUCCUUACUUUAAGUUGAAAGAAAAGAUCUGAUUCCUCACCACUAUUUCAUGGGGUAUUUAUUUCUUUUAUUGGCAACUUUCUCCUCUUGUCUCUCCUGUCUAAUCGUAGAAUCAUGUAUAUAUAUAGACUUCACAACAGAAACAGUUCUAAUAAGACUUGCAACAUCCAAUAGUAUCAUUUUAGUCCGUAGAUAUCAAUGAGGCUUGAUUUAUCUUCCAAGCUUCGGCAAGUUCUUGGCCUCGCCAAGGAUCAUGCAUCUAUUGGCAGAGCUAUUGUACAAAACUACAAUGAAAAAGCGUUUUUUGACAUUGAAGUGGCAGUGGUUCGAGCCACUAGCCAUGAUGAUUGUCCUGUUGAUGACAAAACCAUGCACGAGAUACUCUUUCUUGUCUCUAACACCCCGGGCUCCAUUCCUUUUCUUGCUGAGCAGGUCUCACGCCGUCUAGCUAAGACAAGAGAUUGCUUAGUCGCCGGUAAAACUCUGUUACUUUUCCACCGUCUCUUGCGUGGUAGCAGUCGAAGUAUCGAGCAGCAAUUGCAUAUUGCACACACCUCAGGUCAUCUCCAAAUAGGUUGCUGCUGGUUCAUGAUGAGCUCAGAUCCUCCAUCCUUCGUUUUUCUGCAGAACUAUGUAGCUUAUCUCCAAGAAAGAGUUGGAUGGAUCAUCAACCAAGCUGGUAAGCUCGAACCUGUUAUGUCUGGUGGUACAAAAUUUAGCCGAUACAAAGAGAAGUCCAUGGACCUGGUGUUCCACAUCUUACCGAAGUGCCAGGAGUUCAUUGCACAGGCGUUGAAGUGUUCACCGGUUUCUUAUGCCUGGCCUAUAGAUAACCUGGUUCAAGCAGCUAUAGGCAACAUCUUGAAAGAGAGUUUCCAAGUCUACAUGACGUAUUCCGAUGGGAUAGCCGCACUGGUUAACAUGCUCUUUGAUCUUUCAAGACCCGCAAGAGAUUUAGCUUGCGGAAUGUUGAAGAAAGCUUCUCAGCAGAUUCAAGAUCUCCGCGUACUAUAUGAAAAGUGUAGAGGAUUCCCCGGUAUGAAAAGCUUGGAUUACCCAUCUGUGCAAGCCAUUACAAUGGAUCAUAUCGUAGCACUAGAGGAAUGCUCAAGCUAUGGAGGCAAAAGAAAUUUCUCUGUCUCCACCAACCUAAGUGAUCCAGUCACUUGCGAUGAACGAAAACAAGAAAACCAUUGCGCCGAUUUUUCAUCAACCAGUCUUUUCUUAUUUCCAGCGGAGACCAAAAUCAGUAUGGUUUGGGUUGUUUUUGACAAUGAAGAUGGUGAAGAAACAUACAAGCAAAAAGAGCAAGCUUCAACAGGGAGUACAAGAAAGUUGCAGAAGUCAGAGUAAUGUAUAGUUUGAACUUUGGAGUCUUUUGGACCACGCAAUGCAGAAUAAGACAAUGUAAAGAAUAGGCAAUGAAGCAUACCUAAAAACUCCAAAAAUGGAGCAUGCUUCCCAUCAUGGGCCUAUAUUGGGUCUUUUACAAAAUACUAAUUAUAUGCAUUAAGGACUUCACUAUAUAUACUGACAGAAGUGUCUGGAACAUUACGGAAGA